GGUUAAGUGAUUUGCCCAGGGUCACACAGCUGAGAAUUGUCUGAGGUCCGGUUUGAAUCUAGGACCUCCAGUCUCUAGGCCUGGCUCUCAAUCCACUGAGCUACCCAGCUGCUCCCUAUCAGCACAUUUUAAAGAUGAGGUUAUUGAAGUAAACAAGAUUAAGUGUCUUGUCCAGGGUCUUGCAGCUAGUGAAAGUGACUGAGACUAGAUUUAAACUUAGAUAUGCUUUGACUCCAUUAGGCCACCUAUCUGCCCCAAAGGUCUUGAUUCAAGGGAACAAUGAAGAAGAGGAAUAUAACAAUGAAGCAACUAAAGUAAUUAAUAUUGAUGCAAAAAUAUAAACACCCUAGCAAAGAUGCUGAGCAAAAUAUUUUUCAAAUUAUUCAUCGUGAUAAGAGGAUUUAUAUAAGGGAAGAUAAAGUGAGCAAUUAAAAAAACAUUUUCUGUCAAGACAAAGAAAAAGCCUUCCAACAAAAUACUUCAUUUAUUCACAUAAAAACAAAAUACCAACUCAAAAAAAGCAUAAGCAUGGUGUAAUAGAGCACUGGGCUUGUCAGGGAAGAACUGAGUUCAAAUUUAGCCUCAGACACUAGCUGUGAGAUUCUGGGCAUCAUUUAAUCUCUGUUUGCCACAGUUUCCUCAUCUGUAAAAUAGUAAUAAUAGCACCUACCUUCCACAGUUGUUGUGAAGAUCAAAUGAGAUAUUUGUAAAGUGAUCCACAUAGCACCUGGUCUAGAGUAAAUGCUAUAUAAAUGUUAGCUCUCAUUAUUUAGAAUGGAAAAACACAGAAAGCUUUUCCACAAUCACAGAAUUUGAGAAAUGAAAGAAACUUCACAUCCAUUUAGCCCAACCUACAAAUGAAAGGAAUUCUUCUAUAACUAUAUAUCUGACAAGGAGUUAUCCAGCCCUUGCCUGAGGACUUCCAUGAAGGGUGAGGCCACCAACUCCAAGAAGCCUACUCCAUUCCACUUCUGGAAUUCUUAGCAAGUUUUUUGUGUUGUCAAGCCUAAAUUGGUCUCUGAGACUUCCAUCUGUUGUUCCUAGGUCUACCCUCUGGGGCCUAACAAAACAAACCAAUCCUUUUAAAAAUCCUUUUCAAAAAGACAAACUUUGAAAUGCCAGAAGACUGAUAUCUUGACCUCUUGAAGUUCUCUUUUAUUCAGGCUAAAUUACAUUCCUGUUCCUUCACCCAAUACUCCUGACUAGGCUUCUAAGAUCCUUCAUCAUUCUGGUUGUCCUCCUAGUGCACACCCUCCAACUUAUAAAUGCUCUUUUUAAAUCAUGGGUCUCAGAACUGAGCAUAAUAUUACAGAUAAGAUCUGACAAGAGCCAAAUAUACCAGGACUAUCAGCUUCCAUUUUAGAAAGUGGUGCCUUUUUAAAGCAGCUGAAGAUCAAAGUAGUUUUUGGGACUGCUAUAUCACAUUGCUGACCAAUCCUCUAAGAGCCCCCAAAUCUGGAACAGGUGCUAUCGAACCAUGCCUCCCCAUCUUAUACUAAUGAAGUUGUGUCCAAGAGUAAGACUCCACAUUUAUCCCUACUAAAUGUUACCAUAUUACAUUCAGCACAAUGCGGGCACCUAGCUCUUGAUUUUAUCAUUCGAUAUGUUAGUUAUUCCUCCCAGAUUCUUCAAUCUCCCACAUCUUCAAAUGUGAUGGCAUCUUAGUACCAGGGAUAAAGCAAGGUUACCUCCCAGUUACUAUUUGAUAGAGUACUAGAAAUGCUAGAUAAGACAGAUAAAACUAAAGGCAGGAACAUUGGCAAAAACCAUACAAAAUGAUCCCUAAUCACAAAUGCUAUUAUGAUUUAACCUAGAAGAUCCUAAAGGAAGCAAUUUGGAAUUAUGCAAACAAGAUAAACAAAUGUCCAUACCCUUUAACUUAGAGAUUCCCCUGGGAGGCAUAUAUUCCUAGGAAGUUAAUGACAAAAAGAAAGACCCCAUAAAAUAUUUUAUAACUGCAAAGAAUCAGAAACAAAAUAGAUGCCCACUGACUGAGAAAUGACUAAACAAAGUACAGAACAUGAACAGAAUGGAAUAUUACUGUGCGGUGAGCAUAAUGAAUACAUAGAGGUAUAGAAAGACUGAUAUGAAAUAAUGUAGGAAAAAAAACAGAAGAGUAAGAAAACAAUAUACAGAACCACAACAAUUUAAAUGGAAGGAAUCACCAAAAAAACAAACAAAAAAACCCCAAACAAUCCAAACUGAAUACUGUAAUUGGUUUUGCUGAACCUUUUUCUCUUCUAAUUUUUAAAAAGAGGAGAGGAGGGAUAUAGGAGGAAAUGUGACCAAGAAAAAAAACCUAUCUUGAAAUCAAUGGAUUCCUAGACAGAAGAUGGGUAAGGGCUAGGCAACUGAGGUUAAAUGACUUGCCCAGGGUCACAUAGCUAGAAAGCGUCUGAGGUCACAUUUGAACCCAGGAAUUCCUGUCUCUAGGUCUGGCUGUUUAUCCACUGAAUCAUCUAUUUACCCCUAAAAUGUAUUUUAAAAAGAAAACCAGAGAAUCAGAAAAAUAUUAGUUAAUUAGAAUUAACCAAGGUGAUUAAUAAUUGCAAUCAACCAGAAUACAAAAUAAAUUCUUGAAAUUAACAUUUCUAUAUGGCAUUGACAAAAAAAGAGAAAAAUAAAUUUCAUUUAAAGUAAUUACAAAAUGCAUAAAAUACCUAAAAAUUAACCUACAAACUCAAACUAUCACACUCAUAGCUUAUAUCUGAAUACAACUACAAAACAAUUUUCAUAAAAAUAAAGAAUUUAAGUAGAUUCAAAUGUUAAUGGUUAGACCAUGCCAAUAUAAGAUGAUAAUGCCUUAAUUAUGGAUUUAGUUUUAUGCCAACCCAAACAGGAAUUGCUUUAAAGAACUAGACAGAGUAAUAAAUUCAUUAGGAAGAACAAAAAGUCAAGAAUUUAAAAGGCAAUAAUGGGGGGGAAUAGGAAUGAGGUGGGGCAGGGCUGGUUAGCAUCACCAAAUGUCAAACUAUACUAUAAAGCAGUAGUUAUUUAAUUUGGUAUUAAUUCAUUUAUUCAUAUCACAUUACUUUUAAAAUAGAGCUAAAAGGGUCAAUAGAGGCCAUCUAGCCCAACUACCAGAUAGAAACUGAGGGUUAGGUGUCUUGCUCAAGUCACAGGAGUAUAAAGUAUCAGAGGCAGGAUCUGAACUGUGUCCUAAGGCCUGCAAUUGAUUACAUAUCUACUAAACUAUUAAAUUUUUGAUCUAAUGUUCGCUAACCCAACCUAGUUAAAUUCAGUAGGGCCUCAAAGAUAAACUGGCCAAGUAUUAAUUUCUAACCAGUUCAGCAACCUUUUUCCAAGAAUGGAGGGUUUAAUUUUUUUUUUUUAACCAGACCUUCUGUCUUAAAAUCAAUACUAAGUAUCAGUUCUAAGGCAGGAAAGUGGUAGGGGCUAAGCAAUGGGGGUAAAGUGACUUGCCCAAAGUCACACGUCUAGGCAUUAUCUGAGAUCACAUUUGAACUGAGGACCUCAUCUCCAGGGCUAGCUCUCUCUAUCUACUGAGCCACCUACCUGCCCCCAUCUAAUUUAGUUUUAAAGCCUGGCCCCACGUGGGUCAAAAGCUCAUUGAAGUAUUAUAAGUAUCCUGCACCUAAUGGGUCCUUCCCGGUUUCCAAUCUUGGAAUCCCAAUCCCCAUCUAUGACUAAUAAUUCAAAUCCUGGGCCUUCAAGGCUGCCUGGGCUGUGGAAAAACUGAAGGUGGCGGAGAGAAGGGGGCAGGAUCACGUGGAGGGUGGGCUGCGGCUGUGGUGAGGGGCAGGAGCUGAGCCAGGCUCGUUUCGGACCGGAGGGCUGUCAGAAAAUUCCAUCAGAUGAAGCCAAAACAAGACACGGAAAUUCUCUGGUAACCGAUUACAUAACCCGCCCGACGUGCGGACAGCCAAGUCUCCAUCCUCCCAAUCAAUCCUCCUGGGGCAGGGGUGGGACUGCGAAGCCAGAAAGAGAAGAGUCUUCCCGUCUGCAAAGGCUGAAGCAAUCUCCAAGUCCGUUUCCGCUUGCGCCUGCGCCGGUGCCGAGCCGUGCGUGUCUGGCUUCCCGAUCUCCGCCCCCUCCUUCCGUUUCCCACCUCCACUAGCUGACGCGCUCCUGACGCAUCUGCUAUAAUUCUGUUCUGCCGACGCCUCUCCCAAUCCUCACUUCCGCUUCCUUCGAGUGCGGACCUUGGUGCCUCCCGGACCUUCCUCCGCGGUGGCAGCUGGCUAAGAUGUUAGGCCCUUUCAAGAAGAACGCCGUCAUCGGCCUCAACCUUUACUGUGGCGGGGCAGGGAUGGGCGCCGGCGGCGGCGCCAGCGGUCCCCCGUCCGGCGGGCGCCUGCUAGCUUCUGGCAAAGGCCCUACGGUUGAGAGUACUCCGCCGCAGCGCGAUGGAGGGGAAGUGGAAACAGGGACGGCGGGGGCAGGGUUGAUUGGCGGAGGAAUCCGUGCGAGUCCUCCGAAUCCUGUCUCGCCGGGCGCCCGGGGGGUCGCGCGGCCCGCACCCAUUGGCGCGGAGGCCCCCGACGUCACCACCGAUCCGAUGCCGAGCCUGUUCGCGCCGGGCCGCUGCUCGUCGGCGCCCGCCGAGGUGGCCGAUGGGGCUGCGGACGUCCCAAUGUGCCCUGAGGAGGAACUGGACGGUUACGAGCCCGAGCCUCCCGGGAAGCGGCCCUCCCGCCUGGCUGUGCUGGAAAUAGCCCGGGAAGGUGGGGACAGCCCGAACGGCUCUUUGCCUUCGACGCCGCCCCCAGCUGAGGAGGAUGAAGAAGAGGAUGAACUAUACGGGCAGUCCUUGGAGCUCAUCAGCCGGUACCUUCGCGAGCAGGCGGUUGGCACGAAGGAGGCCAAGCCCCUACGCAGCGGCAAGGCCUUAGAGACCCUGCGACGCGUGGGAGACGGUGUCCAGAGGAACCACGAGAGGGCUUUCCAAGGCAUGCUUCGGAAAUUGGAUAUCAAAAACGAAGAGGAUAUUAAAGCUGUGUCUCGAGUGGCGACCCAUGUUUUCAGUGACGGUAUAACAAACUGGGGCAGGAUUGUGACUCUCAUUUCUUUCGGUGCCUUUGUGGCAAAGCACUUGAAGAGCAUAAACCAGGAAAGUUGCAUAGACCCGCUAGCAGAAAGCAUAACAGAUGUUCUGGUCAAGACAAAACGGGACUGGCUGAUUAAGCAAAAGGGCUGGGAGGGAUUUGUGGAAUUCUUUCAUGUACAGGACCUAGAAGGUGGCAUCAGAAAUGUGCUGCUCGCCUUUGCCGGUGUUGCUGGAGUAGGAGCUGGUUUGGCAUAUCUAAUAAGAUAGCCUUGUAAGUGCAAUAAAUGACUUGUAACUGACUCCAGCCAGCAAAACUGCACAAUUCUGCUGUGAAAUUAAAAGUAUUUAUGAAGCUGGACAUCAAACUACCCAGGCUAGAACAUCCAAGAUCCUUCUGGAGCACAGAGCUCUAGCAGGAAAAGAUACUUCUACCAUGGCAGUAGAGGCAAAAGGGGACUUUGAUAAGAAUAAAUACUAGAGAAAAAUGUGCUUCCUGAAGAACAGCCAUCGGGAAGAAGCAGCAGCAGAGAUCUUCUUUGGAAAAGACCAGAGAGAGGUUUAGUGAUAGGGUUGGAAGAAUUUUCUUCCUUCCCAAAGCACUGUGGCCAGUAGGCUUCCUAGUCAUAGAACUGUAUUAGCCAUUUCACCAGCAUUUGGUAGUUAUUACACAAGAUUAAAAGAGCACUAACAAUGCCAUGGGCUUAACUUAUGUGACUUGGGAUCCUCUUUAAAAAGUGUCAGUGAAAGUGAUUUGGCUGGGGGCAGGGGAGGCAAACUCCAAAUGUACAGAUAUACCUGCUUUUUUUCCUUGUACAGCUCAGUAACUAGCUCUUGUAUCUACAAAGACUUUAGAAUGCUUUUUUUUACCUCUCCCCAGACCUAAAAGAACAAAAAAACCUUGUAAAUGUGUUUAUAUAUGUAAAAAUUUGUAUGUAUUUUUACAGAAAUUUAUUUCUUUGAAAUGUUAUAGAGAUUGGGUUAAGGGUUUCUUCCAUACCUCCUAAAAAAAAAAACAACUCCUUUGCCCAGGUGAUUUAGAACCCUUGUCUAUAUAGCAUUUCUAAUCUUAACAAGUCAGAUAUUUUUGGUAUUCAGAACCAAUUUGUGAUGUGUUCAAAGACAGUUAAAAGUCAAUUUUUUAAACUACCUUUGUUAUCUUCCUUGUGGAUAAGGUUAAAUUCUUUGAAGGGACCUGGGAUGGGAGAGAAAAAAGAGUACAUGAAAAGAUUGAUUCAUGCAGCUUCUUUACUACAUGAAAAGAUUGAUUCAUGCAGCUUUUAAUAAUUGAGCCAGCCAUUUCUAGAACUUUUUCAUUGGCUUUUUAUAAAUAAUGGCUUUUGUGAUAGUGCCAUUGUGCAUGUACAUUCAGUUUAACUUCUCUCAUUUUUUAGUCACUCCCAUCUGACUCUUUUAUGUUAUUAAUUUAGAUUAUGGGCUUGGUUUUUAUUUUUCAGAACUUUCUCAAGCUUUUCACCUAUUCUAAAUUUCUAUAGCAGAAGUUGUACAGAAAGUCAUCCACUUGAGGCAAACCUGACCUCUUGUUUGCUUAAAUAAAUUGCAAGUAAAUGUAAAGAAAGAUGGUGCUAUUAUUAGGCUUGCUUGUCAAAACACAGGCCAAGGCCUAGUCUGUCAAUAAAACAAACGUUUAUAUAUUGUUCAAAAUUUACCUUUGCAAUAAUUCCCAAACUACCAGAGACACUCAGUUUUUACCUUUGUCUGAGUAUAUCAGAUUUGAUUUCAAUUUUUGUACCAAAUUUCUCUUUCAAACAUGUUUCCUUUUGCUCCAGCCCUUCUAUAAAUAACUACAUGACCAAUCCCUGUUGCCCUUCCUGCUCCUUUCAGGAUAUGGCCCUCUGGACUCUGAAGUGGACUCAUGGUCCCUGUAGUCCCCCUUCCUUGAGUAGUGAACUUAUUGUCUCCCAGUAUUAAAUUGGGGGUGGGGUUUGGCCACCAGCAGGUUUAUGGGAAAGUUUUCAAAAAUGUUUUCUCAAAGUCCCUUUUCUGUUAGGACUUUUCAGAGAAGGGGGGGGGGGAAAGGUCUUGCUGUGGUUUCUUUUCCACAUGACCUUUUUGGUGGAGGAAGGUAUUUUUUGAAGUCCUUUGGAAGGAAUGGCUGAAUCACUUUGUCACCUUUCUUGUUUUCUGCUCACUGGAGUAUUGAAUUGAGUUUGUCUAGAGGUGUUAAACCUCAAAGAACUUGGCUCACCUGAAAAUAGCUGGUGGUGGAGCUAGCUUAGUUUGAAAACUGCCACAUUGUUGCCAUUUAACUUUAGUCUGUGGACUUGAUUAUAGGUAAAAUAAGCAUAAAUCAAGUUUGACUAAGAAUGUAAUAGGGAAGAAUGGCUUUGCCUGCUCAUCCUGGAGCCAUCCAGUCUAUUGCUCAAGCUGUUUUUCACCUAGUUGUGUUUCUUGUUCUUAAUCAUAAUUCCACUUAUUUAUAUCAUGCAUAUUUUGAGGAACUAAAAGCACUUUAUAUAGUUUUUAUAGCUUCAAAAUCCAUGUAAGAGGGCCAGGGGAAAACUACUUCCCCAUUUUUUACAACUGGGGAAAUUAAGGCACAAAAAGGGUGACUUACCCAAUAAACCAGUGGUGGAGCUCAUCAUAAAAGAUCUUGGCUCCCAGACCAUCAGAGAGGAAUCCUGGUGUGGAGUAAGGACCUCAAAUCAGAAAAUUGUCCGGGUUGUGUGGGUUGAGAAAGGAGUAAGUGUUCCUGAUGAAGUGUAUGGAGAAGAAACGAUGCAUUAAAGGAUUGAUUGCUAUUAUAUAAUUGAGGCUAGUGAGAUGGAAGGAAGGGGCUGCUGGGCAAGGGAGACACUCAGUAUUUUCUGCAUUGGUUUCUUCUGCUUCACUUGGAAAACUUGAAAUCCCAGAUCUAGGAUUCCCUAUAAAUCUUCUUUCAGGGAGUGUACACCCUGCCUUUAUGGGUUAGGGAUAACCUCUUGAAGAGGUGAGCCAGGGAAGGUUAGGACCAACUGCAGAAUACUUAGGUUCUACAAUUUCUUAACUUACUGUUUUUUCUGAAAAGAGACUAAUAAAUCUUUUAUUUAAA